AUGACUAGUAGAAAUUUACACGAAGAAGCUGAACAUUUAAAAAACCUAUCUUAUGUAGCUAAUACUGAAAAAAACACUACUAAAUGGCUCCGUCAUCUUAUGAAAAUUGACGGCAAACUAUUUAAAGUUAAAUCAAUUAACAACUAUUAUGCUGCAUUAGCACGCUAUUUACGUGAAAAUUCUUCUAUUCCAGAUGAAGAUUAUGGUGAUACUGAUAAAAGUGAUUCAUUAACAUCUAACGAAAUAGAAAAGAAUAAUCAAGAUUGUGUAUUUUAUCGUCAACGAUAUGGUCAUACAAAUACUCGAUCUAUUCCAAUUCUAGCUGACAAUCCCAAGAACCAAUUUAUACCUAAUGCAUUAGAAAACAAUCAG